AUGCCGUCUGCCAAACUGAACAUGGUGUCCGCCGAGGACGAGUGGUCGCCUCUCCAGGCUGUCAUCGUCGGCCGCGCAGAGCACUCUGCUUUCCCCUCUGAACCCGCCCAUAUGAUUGCGGCCACAAUGCCCGAUGAGCAUCAACACCUGUUCAAGCCAUCGAACCCAUUUCCGGCAGAGAUUUUGGAGAAGGCGCAGCAGGAGCUAGACCACUUUGCCUCGAUCCUCGAGAACGAGGGGAUUCGCGUUUAUCGGCCCAAGGAGGUCGACUGGCUCAAAGUCGGCGGCUACACGGGGGCAAUGCCACGGGACAGCCUCAUGACUGUUGGAAACACCGUGGUCGAGGCGCCAUUCGCCUGGGGCUGCCGUCGAAAGGAGGUGGAGCUUGGAUACAGCGACAUUCUCUCGACUCUGGCCGAAGAUGGCUCCAGCAAAGUCGUCCGCGCACCAGUUACGAUGGGACGAGAAACGCUGUACGAUGGCGUUGAAACUGACAAAAGCGACGGAAGCCACGGCUGGGCUAUCAACAACACCAGGCCUUCCUUUGACACCGCGGAUUUUAUGCGCUUUGGCAAAGUGAUCAUUGGGCAACUCAGCAACGUGACGAACAUGAAGGGUGUCGAGUACUUGAGAGCUGUCAUCCCCGAAGGAUACACUGUUGAGGUUUUGAAAACGGACGAUCCCCACGCUAUGCACAUUGAUGCCACCAUCCUCCCUCUCCGGAAUAAGCUGAUGGUUUAUCACCCCGAACGAGUCUCUGAGGAGGCGUUGCGCCAGCAUGCUGUGUUCCAAGAUUGGGAGCUGUACGCGUAUCCGUUUACGCCAGAAACAAAGGACGGUCCUCCUCUAUACAUGACAUCUCCAUGGCUUGUGCUCAAUGCGCUGAGCUUGGACGAAAAGCGGAUCAUGGUGGAGGCCAAGGACACGGUUUUUGCCUCGUGGGUGAAGGAGAAGUUUGGGAUGGAGCCGAUUAUGUGCCCAUUCCAGCACGUUAAUGCCAUUGGCGGCUCAUUCCAUUGUGCCACUGUUGAUCUUGUUCGCUUGACAUGA